GUUCGUUCGAUCUCGGUCGUAGCACGAGAAUGGGAGAGGGAACGUUGGAGAUAAAGAAGUUGAGGACGGAGUGGCGUUGCGAGGAGGAGGAGGGGAAGGUGGGGGGCACGGGCGGGUGGGAGACGCCGAAGAGGGCGGAAUGCCGGAUCCCGGCCCCGGUCCGCUGCCCCGCGCCGCCCAAGAAGAAGUCCCCCGCCGUGGCGUUCGGCAAGCGGAGGGAUCCGCCCAAGAACGGCUACUUCAACCCGCCCGACCUCGAGGCCCUCUUCGCGCUGGCGCCGAGGAGAGAGGCCUGCGCGUGAACUGCACCCACACGGAGGCCUCUUGUAGAUAAACAGAUGCUACACCUCACUGUUGUAAUCUACUGUCGAUUCACUUAGGAUUAGGAUUCCCUUUUCCUCUGUAUCUAUCUACUCCUUCAAACUUCUUUUCCCGUAAUAAUAUUAGUUAUUUUUACUUGUUUCUCUA